AUGUCUUCGUUUCCGCCCGCCGCCUGCGACAUCCUCGUCGUCGGCAGUGGCAACGCCGGCUUCUGCGCAGCCAUCUCAGCCAUUCAGCAGAAUCCUGACGCGCAUGUCGUGGUCAUCGAUAAAUGCUCCGAGGCCUGGGCCGGCGGUAACAGUUAUUUCACUGCGGGCGCCUUCCGCACGGUGCAUCAAGGCCUGGACGACCUCCUCCCGCUAGUGAAUAAUACUACAGCCGAGCAGGCUGCACGCAUCGACAUAGCCGUAUACUCCGACGCAGAUUUCACGCACGACCUCUAUCGCAUGACUGGCGGCCGCACAGAUCCCGCGCUGUCGAAGAUCCUCGUCCAGGACUCGCGGAGUACAAUUGGCUGGCUCGCGCAGAAUGGCAUCCGCUUCCAGUUGUCGUUUAACCGACAGGCGUAUGAAGUCGACGGCCGGUUCAAGUUCUGGGGCGGCAUGGCGCUUAAAACGCAGGAUGGAGGGAAAGGUCUGAUUGAGGAUCAUCUCCGUGCCGCCCAGAAACUCGGCGUUCAAGUCUAUUUUGAAACCACGGCCACCCGACUGGUGAUAGAUCGUCGGACCCGGGCAGUAGUUGGAUUAGAAGUGGUCACAGCGACAAAUUCCCGGGCCUCAUCUAAGCAUCGCACGAUGACAAUUCACGCCGCGGCGGUGAUUCUGGCGGCUGGAGGAUUCGAAGCCAACGCGCAGCUCCGUGCCCAGUAUCUCGGCCCCGGGUGGGAUGCGGCUCGUGUGCGUGGUACGCCAUACAACACCGGUGACGCCCUCAAGAUGGCUCAGCGGGACGUCGCGGCGAAGGGCGUGGGCAACUGGUCGGGCUGUCACUGUGUGGCUUGGGAUGCCGAUGCGCCCGCGCACGCCGGCGACCGCAAUAUCUCGAACGAGUUCACCAAGUCUGGGUACCCACUGGGAAUCAUGGUGAACCGAGACGGCGUACGGUUCGUUGACGAGGGCUCGGACCUACGCAACUUUACGUACGCCAUGAUCGGGCGACGCAUCCUGCAGCAGCCAGGGCAGCUGGCCUUCCAAGUCUGGGAUGCGAGAACGACGCCCUGGCUGCGUACAGAAGAGUAUCGCCCGGAAGUGACGCGCCAUCUGACGGGCCAGACACUGGACGAACUGGCCGACCGAUGCGUGGAAGCCGGCUUGACCGAUAAGCAGCGGUUUUUGACGACCUGCGCGGAGUAUAAUCGGUCGGUGCCCUUUCCUGUCGAUGCGCAGCACCGGUGGGAUCCUGCAGUGAAAGACGGGCUCUCGACCGAGGGACUGGCGAUCCCCAAGUCCAACUGGGCGUUGCCGCUCGAUCAAGGGCCGUUUCUUGCUGUCCGAGUGACAUCGGGGAUCACAUUUACCUUUGGUGGACUGGCAGUGAAUCCGGAGACAGCCGCAGUGAUAUCCGAGGCCACGGGCACGGAGGUUGCUGGGUUAUAUGCGGUGGGCGAGAUGGUUGGCGGCCUCUUCUACGACAACUAUCCCGGAGGCAGUGGCUUGACCUCGGGCGCGGUAUUUGGCCGGCGUGCAGGACGCGCCGCCGCUGAACAGGUGGCUCAGAAGCGAGUUGACGAGGCCAAAGCUGCUCGCCUGUGA